AUGGCGGGGGUGGGAGCGAAGGGGAAAAGGACUGGGCUCCCGCGGUUGUGUUGGAAAACCUGCUAUUUUCACGCAGUGUUUUGGGUGCUGUCUGUGUGCGGAGAGGAGAGAAGCUUCGUUGUUGAGACAUGGCUGAAGAACUAUGGCUAUCUGCUCCCACAUGACAUUAGAACAUCAGACUUGCGCUCAGAGAAAGCCAUGCAGUCAGCUGUUGCCGCCAUGCAACGGUUCUACGGCAUCCCUGUAACCGGAGUGCUUGAUCAAACCACAAUAGAGUGGAUGAGGAAACCUCGGUGUGGGGUCCCUGAUCAUCCCCAGCGGAGAAGAAAUAAACGCUAUGCCCUCACUGGUCAGAAAUGGAGAGACAAAAAAAUUACUUACAGUAUACACAAUUACACACCUAAAGUGGGUGAAAAAGACACUCAGAGGGCAAUCCGGCGAGCGUUCGAUGUGUGGCAGAAAGUGACCCCAUUGACCUUUCAAGAAGUAGCCUAUUCAGAGAUCAAGAGAGAAGGCAAGGAGGCCGACAUCAUGAUCUUUUUUGCCUCUGGAUUUCAUGGGGACAGUUCACCAUUUGAUGGAGAGGGAGGCUUUUUAGCCCAUGCCUACUUUCCUGGCCCGGGAAUCGGAGGAGAUACACACUUCGAUACUGAUGAGCCCUGGACAUUAGGCAAUGCUAACCAUGAUGGUAAUGACCUUUUUCUUGUGGCGGUGCAUGAGUUGGGCCAUGCGUUGGGUCUGGAACAUUCCAAUGACCCAAGUGCAAUCAUGGCCCCUUUCUACCAAUACAUGGAUACACAGACCUUCAAACUUCCACUUGAUGACCUUCAAGGAAUUCAAAAAAUAUAUGGUGUCCCAACUGCAAUGUUAGAACCGACUCAGCCUCUUCCAACCCUUCCACCACGGAGAACACAUUCUCCUUCUGAUAGGAAACAUGACCGUCAUUCCCGUCCAUCUCGUCCUGUCGGAGACCGUCCUUCCUCUCCUGGCCAUGGAAGACCCAAUAUCUGUGAUGGCAACUUCAACACAGUGGCUUUUUUCAGAAGGGAGAUGUUUGUUUUCAAGGAUCGCUGGUUCUGGCGACUGCGCAAUAACAAAGUUCAGGAGGGCUACCCCAUGCUGAUUGACCAGUUCUGGAAGGGUCUCCCACCUCACAUUGAUGCUGCCUAUGAAAGAUCAGAUGGCAAAUUUGUGUUUUUUAAAGGUGACAAGUACUGGAUAUUUAAAGAAGUGACAGCAGAGCCAGGCUACCCACACAACCUGGUGGAAUUGGGAAACUGUUUGCCCCGUGAUGGCAUUGACACAGCACUGCGCUGGGAGCUUGUAGGCAAAACCUACUUCUUUAAGGGGGACCAGUACUGGCGGUACAAUGAGGAAAAACAUACAGCUGAUCCAGGCUACCCAAAACCCAUAAGUGUGUGGAAGGGCAUUCCUGAUGCACCCCAAGGAGCAUUCGUCAGCCGAGAAGGAUUUCACACCUACUUCUACAAAGGAAAGGAUUACUGGAAGUUUGAUAACCAGAAGCUGGCAGUGGAACCUGGCUACCCAAAGUCCAUCCUUAAGGACUGGAUGGGCUGUGACCAGUCAGAGAUGGAGAAGAAAAAGGACAAACACCUUUUCCAUGACGAUGUUGACAUCAUGGUCGCCAUAAACGACGUUCCAAGCACUGUAAAUGCUAUCGCUGUAGUGAUUCCAUGCACUCUCUCCCUUUGCAUCUUGGUUCUGGUUUACACCAUCUUCCAGUUCAAAAACAAAAGUGUUCCUCAACCGGUGACCCACUACAAACAGCCAGUGCAGGAGUGGGUAUGACAGGCAAGCCAAACACUAGACAUGCUAGUGAGGGCUAAUUUGACAACGUUUAGAAGUACCUACACAACUAGUGCCUGUUUACUGUGUGUUAAUAUAGGAGGAGGGGUUGAGACAUGGUCAAGGUCAUGCCCUUGGGUUAUUGUUUUUUGAAAUUCUUUUUUAGCAUGAGCCAAACGCCCAGGAUGCGAGGCUUUAAUUAAAGUGGUGGCCUAAAGGGACAGGAGCUUCACCAAUGCUUAAGCCUUACAUUCCAACUGUAAGGCCUUCUUUCCUAUACUUUUCUACACUCAACCCUGGCCAACAGAACUGUCAGGUAAGAACCACACGGAUUUCCAACCAUGUUGUGUCGAGGAAUGAAAGAAGAAUCGUAUCAAGAUGCCAGUGUGCCAUGUCUUUGCUCCCAACAUGGACUUGUACAGGAACUUUAAAAAUACUGAACAAAUUACUAAACAGUUAAUUAAAAAUACAAUUGAUUUAGUUUGAACUGAUUUAAACAGCAGUGUUGGUAAAACAGGACAUAAAAAAUACCAAGCAGUUUUGUGAA